AUGCCUCAUAAAUACUGCAAUGGGGGCGACUUGGCGGACUAUUUACAAACGAACAGGCUCCUCAGCGAAGCCACGAUCCGGACCUUCCUGCGGCAGCUCGCGGAGGCGAUGCGGGCUAUUCACGCCAAGGGAAUCGUCCACCGUGACUUGAAACCACAGAACAUCCUAUUGACACACAAUGUAGCGCCACCGCGCACACCACAUCCCGAAGAGAUCACACUCAAGAUUGCGGAUUUUGGUUUCGCGCGAUUCCUCGAGGAGGGUAACAUGGCUGUCACUCUCUGCGGAUCUCCCAUGUAUAUGGCACCCGAAGUGAUAAUGUCUCUAAAGUAUGACGCAAAAGCGGACCUUUGGAGUCUAGGCACAAUCGUCUAUCAGUGCCUAACGGGCAAAGCGCCUUUUCAAGCGACCACUCCGCAUGAACUUAAGGCGUUCUACGAGAAAAGCAUCGACUUGCAACCUAAGAUGCCAGCCGGAACUAGCCCCGAGCUGUGUAACUUACUCAUCGGUCUGUUGCGUCGGAACGCGCGCGAGCGCAUGCCCUUCGAAGUGUUCUUCAACCAUCCCUUCCUUCAGAGGCCGAGGACAACGUCUAUUACAAGUUUGGACUCAGAUCUACCAGAUAUUUUGGAGAGCGAUAACGAAGGCCGCCCAGAUACUAACUGUAUCCUAGAGGAGUCCUGGGAGAGCCAGGGGGCGGGUUCACACAAUGCAAUACCGGCUUCUCUGCCCAGUCGCGCGAGUGUUCCGGUACCCCAAAUGCAAGCUGCGCCUGCGCAGCCAAUUCCGGUCGCUCAACCCACAAGGAAGUCACAACCGACGUCAUCCGCCGAGUCAUCUGAAGCAGUGUGGGCGGGCGCUGAAGACUUCGUAGUGGUGGAUCCAGAGAGCGGUUCCGGCGAGUAUUCGGGCGGCUCCUCGUCAUCUGAGGCCGCGUCUCGUCCCAGGUCUCUCGCUCUGCCCGCGCCGUCGCCCCAAACGCGUCACUCGCCACAGUCGCCGACGACUCACUCGCCUACACAUAUUGCAGAGCAUGCCAGUGGACCGUUUAGGACCGCAGUGACAGCGGGCACCAAGGUACCUCGUUCGCAGCCUAUCGAUGUUAGAUCAAACCACAAUCGAAACGCUACCAAUAUUGGGUCGUUCUCACCGCCCUCUGUACCGUUCACAAUGGGCACACCCCCGUCCACUCGACGUCGUCGCAGUGCGUCCGGGAGUUCCCCUCCACCGUCUCUGUGGCAGGUGUCGCCAACCAAUGCUAGCCGUUCAUCACCGCCAGUUCCGCUGGCGCUGAAAGCGAGCGGCGAGGCGGCGUCGCCCAAACGUGGGGCGUUGCCCGACGCGCUCCUGCGCGCACUGAAGCUACCGUCUCACGAACCGCCCGUUUACAUACCUAACCUGCAAGAGGAGACCAUACUGGCGGAGGAGCACAGCAAAGUAUUCUCUCAGCUGAAUUUCGUGCUCAUGUUGGCCGAACUGCUCUCCGACCUCGCCGUGUCCUGCGGUGCGCCCAUCGCCGCUCUCAUGGAUGCUUCUGACGAGCGAUGCAACGAGAGUGUGCGAUUGGGUCUCCUGGUACAGGCGAUGCAGGCUUUGGCGGCCGGACUGAGGCUUGCUGCCGACUGCUACCGCUCGCGUAGUCUACAACCCACGCCUCAAGUACGCAGCGUUGUCUCUCUAAUGAACGGCAAGUACAAGUGGAUAGUGAACGAGUCGCGGCGACUACACGAGGCUGGCGUUACACCGGCGACCUGUGAUAAAAUACUUUACGAACAUGCUAUUGAACUGUGUCAGAUGGCAGCUAUAGAGGAGUUAUUCGGCGAUGUGAAGGAGUGCGAGCGACGAUACAUGUCGGCGCAGGUGUUGUUGCAUUCACUGGUACAAAGGCAACCUCUCCACCCACAUCACCGCAACACACUGUCUAAAUAUCGAGACGCGGUUCAAAGGCGGCUCAACUGCCUCAAGGGGCCGCGCAAGCAGAUUAUGGACGUAAAACUAGAGGCUGGGAUCUCAUAA